AUGUCAAAAAACACAACAGAGAACUCAACUAGCCCUCACCCAGCUCUAGGUCUGUUACUAGGAAGCAUUUCACUGAUCACUAUUGUCAUGAAUAUAUUAGUACUGUGUGCUGUGAAAACUGAAAAGAAGCUGCAGACAGUUGGCAAUUUACACAUUGUCAGCCUCUCUAUUGCAGACCUUAUAGUUGGCGCUGCUGUUAUGCCACUGAGUAUUGUUUAUAUCCUAAGUGGUGGGUGGACUCUAGGCUCACCAGCUUGUUUGUUCUGGCUCUCAAUGGAUUACGUGGCCAGUACUGCAUCCAUUUUCAACCUCUUCAUAUUAUGCAUUGACCGUUAUCGUUCAGUUCAAAACCCACUGAAAUAUCUCAAGUAUAGAAGAAAAAGGAGAGCAUCCCUAAUGAUUCUGGGGGUUUGGUUCCUCUCUUUCAUGUGGGUCAUUCCUAUCCUAGGAUGGCAUGUUUUUGUUAAUAAUGAGGAAAGUGAAAAAGAUGAAAAUAAGUGCGAACCUGAAUUCUCUGAAGUCACCUGGUUUAAAGUGUUGACAGCCAUUGUCAAUUUCUACCUACCCUCAAUCAUGAUGUUAUGGUUCUACUACAAAAUAUUCAGAGCUGUUCGAAAGCACUGUCAGCACCGAGAGCGGAUCAAUGGAUCAUACCAGACUGUCUCAGAAAAAAGAAGGAUACACAAUAAUAAGACAAAAGAUGAGACAAAUAUUUGCCUCCAGAAGAAAAUCUUCGAUAAGAACCCCCCUCCUAAAGAUGAGCAAAGCUCCUUUCAGCCCAAAAAUACGGAGACAAAGCUUUCUUUCAGUAAUCCUGACAAAUCUUCAAACGCAUUCAUUAGCAAAAGUAAGAGGAGAGUCCUUAAAUGGAGCUGUUUUCCUCUCACCACUGCCCAGUCUGAGCCAGGCCUGGAUAAAGCAGGAACAGACCGUGUGUGUGUAACAAAAGAGAACGAGAAUGAAGAGGAGCUGUGCUCACAAGAUAGUGACUUAAGUGAUGCAUCAGACAACCGGACUUUCACAGAGGAGGUACCCAACAGAAAGCCCUCAAAUCCUAACCCUGAAAGACCCUGCAGUCCUCAGGGAAAGACUGAGAACCCGGAUUUCAGAGGGCUGACUUAUCUGAGGAAAACCUGGCAGAGCCUGCAUACCCACUCCAAAAGACACAUUCAAGGACUGCACAGGAACAGGGAGAGGAAAGCAGCUAAGCAGUUAGGGGUCAUAAUGGCAGCAUUUAUGCUGUGCUGGAUUCCCUAUUUUGUGUUAUUUAUGGUAAUAGCUUUCCAUGGCCAUGAACAAUAUUCAGUCUUACACAUGUUCACUAUAUGGCUUGGAUAUGUGAACUCCACUUUAAAUCCAUUCCUGUAUCCUCUUUGUAAUGAGAAUUUCAAGAAGACAUUCAAAAAGAUCCUUCACAUUCACUGA